AUGGACUUCACGUCGUCGCCCAAACCCCAGCUGUCCUCUCGGGCCAACGCCUUCUCCAUCGCCUCGCUGAUCGCCAGCGGCGGCUCCAAGGACAAGGAGGCGGCCGAGAGCACCAUCAAACCCCUGGAACAAUUUGUUGAAAAGUCCUCCUGUGCCCAGCCUCUUGGGGAACUGACCAGCCUGGACGCCCAUGGGGAGUUUGGCAGUGGUGGCAGCAGCUCCCCCUCUUCUGCUCUCUGCACGGAGCCGCUAAUCCCGACGACCCCCAUCAUCCCCAGUGAGGAAAUGGCCAAAAUCUCCUGCAGCCUGGAGACCAAGGAGCUCUGGGACAAAUUUCACGAACUAGGCACAGAGAUGAUCAUCACGAAGUCCGGCAGGAGGAUGUUUCCCACCAUCCGGGUGUCGUUUUCGGGCGUGGAUCCUGAGGCCAAGUAUAUAGUGUUGAUGGACAUCGUGCCUGUGGACAACAAAAGGUACCGCUACGCCUACCACCGCUCUUCCUGGCUGGUGGCCGGCAAAGCGGACCCUCCGCUUCCAGCCAGGCUUUAUGUGCAUCCUGAUUCUCCUUUCACUGGCGAGCAGCUCCUCAAACAAAUGGUGUCCUUUGAAAAGGUGAAACUCACUAACAAUGAAUUGGAUCAACAUGGACAUAUAAUUUUGAACUCUAUGCAUAAGUACCAGCCUCGAGUACACAUCAUUAAGAAGAAAGACCAUACAGCCUCCUUGCUCAAUCUGAAGUCUGAAGAGUUCAGAACAUUCAUCUUCCCAGAAACAGUCUUUACAGCAGUGACUGCCUACCAGAAUCAGCUGAUCACCAAGCUGAAAAUAGAUAGCAACCCUUUUGCCAAAGGAUUUCGGGACUCUUCCAGGCUCACUGAUAUUGAGAGGGAAAGUGUUGAAAGCCUGAUUCAGAAGCAUUCUUAUGCCCGCUCACCCAUCCGUACCUAUGGAGGAGAAGAAGAUGUGCUGGGGGAUGAGGGUCAGACGGCACAAAAUCGAGGAUCAGCUUUUACAACAUCUGAUAACUUGUCUCUGAGCUCCUGGGUAUCCUCUUCAUCCAGUUUUCCUGGAUUUCAACAUCCACAGUCCCUGACUGCUCUUGGUACCAGCACAGCAUCCAUAGCAGCACCCAUUCCUCACCCCAUCCAGGGUUCUCUGCCUCCAUAUAGCCGACUUGGGAUGCCUUUGACCCCAUCAGCCAUUGCCAGCUCCAUGCAAGGAAGUGGCCCAACAUUUCCUUCCUUUCACAUGCCCAGGUAUCAUCACUACUUCCAGCAGGGCCCUUAUGCUGCUCUCCAGGGACUGCGCCAUUCUUCUGCUGUGAUGACACCAUUUGUAUGA